CGGUUCUCGUAUGUAUGCAUCCUGACAUGAAUCACAUGAUAUGCAUUUGACCCCAUCUUAAUAUCGCCUAUCCCUGGCCAUGUCGUCGUAUUCGUACUAGCGCCAAUCGUGCAACGUUAACGGAGUUCGUAUGCUGAUGAGCCAGAGCACGCUGCUCGAUCUGAAAAUGGAGGACAUUGCGGCAGCCAUCUGAAUGAUCCCGGACAUUGGAGGCGGAACAUCCGGCGAGACAGAACUGCUGCUGAACUGAAGACUGCAUUCAAGCCAUCCAAAGAGAGAACUGUGACCAGAUCUCACCCUCUUCUUACGCCGUCCGAAGACUGGACAUCCCAUCGGCGGCGGCAGAUCUGCAGUGCUACUACACUGAUCUGGCAUGGCUGAAGGCAUCGCACAAGAUGACCGGUCUUCCGUGUCCACAAGCUGGAUCACAUACUUCAAGGCCAAUCCAACAAUAGCUUUGACUCUCUUUCUCGCCAUCACCAUAUCAAUCACUCGCCUCACCAGUCUCACCAACAGCACUUCCAAGACGAUCAACCAAGAUGGCCUCAAAACACCACCCAGCGUGCCGUACUGGCUUCCAAUCCUCGGCCACAUACCCAACAUGGCACUCGACGCGGACGGCUUUGUCAAGAAAUUGAGGAGCAUCUACCGCAACGGCAUAUUUGUCGUGAACUUCGGCGGCUCCCGGCACAACAUCAUGUACACCCCCGGCCUUGCAACAGCACUGCUUAACCAGAAACCCAGCAAUGCAGACUCCGAGGACGUUGGAACAUCGCUGAUGAUCAAGGUAUUUGGCUUUCCGCCCAAAGAACUCGACAAGUACCACAAAGGUCUCGCCGACGUCGCAGCGUGUUACAAACACAUUUUGGUGGAACCAGGUCUCAAGCACAUGGUGGACCGAACGGCACAAUUGACCAAGGAGAGCAUUAAUAACCUCGUCACAUACAUGGAGAGUCCUGUUGAUCAAAUGCCGUGGGAAAAGGUUGCGAACGUCGAUGUCAUCGAGCGAAAUGGUCAGAAAAUGGUCGAAGCCAAUCUUUUAGAACUCAUCCGCGACUUCUGUGCUUUCACAGCCAACCCCUCGAUCAUGGGCACAGACUUCCUAAACAACUUUCCGGAUUUCUUCGACGGGAUCUGGACACUCGACCGCGGCUUCCUCCUACUCGCUACAGGCUUACCACGAUGGUUCCCCAUCCCAGCUCUCACCAGAGCUCACAUCGCCCGGAAAAAGAACGUUGAGAAAUGUAUGGCCUACCACGAACAGCUCGAGAAAUGGUCCAAAGGCGAGCCUACAGACACAAAAUGGACUUCUCUCCACGAUAUCGGAGCCUUAGAAAAAGCUCGUAUCCAAGUCUAUCAAAAACACAACUGGAGUAUCCGAGCCCGAGCAGCAACGGAGCACGCACUCAUGUGGGCGGCAAACGCAAACUCGAACACUUUAGUCUUCUGGAUGAUCAACCGCAUCUACGCCGACCCCGACCUCCUCACCAACCUCCGCUCCGAAAUCUCGCCUUACAUCACAAUCGUAAAAGACGACUCUGCCUCCCUCCCAAUCACCUCCCCACCCCGAAUCUCCAACAUCGACGUCGACGGUCUCGUCAAUAACUGCCCAUUACUGAAAAGUACUUACGUAGAAUGUCUUCGAGUAGACACAGCAUCAUGGUCCUUGAAAAUCGUAAAACAAGAUUUCGUCCUCCAGUCCCGAGAAAAGGACUCUCAGCCUUGGCUUUUGCGGAAAGGAGAUUAUGCGCACGCCGCUCAUGAUUUGCAUAAUACUGAUCCGAAGUUUUGGGAGGAUCCGAUGGUUUUCAGAGCGGAUCGACAUAUCAAAUAUGAUGAGGAGACUAAGAAGGUGACGGCGGAUAUGGGCAGUAUUAGACCUUACGGUGGAGGAGCGAGUAUGUGUAAAGGACGAGCUUUCGCUCUCAAGGAAUCUUUGCUUUUCACUGCGGCGAUCAUCUCGAUGUGGGAGAUUGAACCGGCGGGAGGGGAGGGGAGGAAAUGGAAGAUUCCAAAGCAUCGGAAGGCUACGGGCGUUUAUGGGACGGAUGAGGUGACUAGGGUUUGGAUUAAGAGGAGGGAGGUUUGAGUUCUUGAUCAUCAAAGUGUUUAGAAUCUACGACAAGAAUCUGUGGCCUCAG